GCCCUUAGACUACCUAAUAAUACCCCUCAAGGCCCACGAAAGCGCGCGGCUGUGCUGAUGGGUGCGCGAACCCCACCGCGGUGCCGCCGCGCCGCUCGACGACGGUCGCGCGGUCGCGGUCGACAUGCUGUUCGUGCGCGCCGCGUGUCCAGGGCAGCCUUCGGAAGUAGCCCGUUCGCGCCCGCCGUCCGGGACGCGGUUCGGGCAGCGAUUAGGGCGCGCGUAGCGCCUCCUUACACUGGUCUUGCUGGUUGGCGGCCUCUGUGGCGCAACGCGCGCGAAUUUUUCGGCGCGCGUGGGCGCCGGCGCGCGUGGACGUCUUAUCAAGUGCUGCUGUGUGCUGUGCGUACCGAUUGGGCCGCGCGCGGCCGCAAAAAGUGGGCUGCUCUGAGCUCGUGCGGGUUA